AUGACAACCACCGCGGCUGUCGGAAAUGCCAAUCACAUUUUUAAUGCCAUUCACUCUUCCAUGAGACAAUGGGGUUCAUCAUGGAACCACAACGGCAUGUCUUUCUUCCUUGCGACUGUUCCACAGCAUACAAUGCUUUACCACGGGUCCCAUUCUAACCAACCAGUUACGUCAUUUGAAUGGCUCGCAUUUGAGCCCGAGCAUGCUUUGUGGUUCGUCAACAAAUGGAUGGGGCAUCAUAAAAGCCCGUCGUAUGAGAUACGAGCCAAAGGAUCACUCCACUCCAACCAGGCUCCUCUCAAACAGGAAAGAGCUGAAAGAGGGUGGCUGCACACAUACGCAGCGAGCAAAGAUCUCCGACUUCUCUAUAUCGAUGGUAUCUCUGCCGGAAAAUCAGAAAUGGGUACUCUGGACAGCCAGGAUCGGAUUUUGUUCAACGACACAAUUGAGGAUUCUCACGAUGAUAUCAGCAGAGCAAUGAUGGCCUGUAAACUCUUUAGCGAGGAUUGGGAUGGCCGUAUAGAUGGCUUGAUACGGAUGGAGACCGGCUUCGAAAUCAUUCUCUGCGACUUCGCCCAUGAUCUGCAUCUUGUCAAUAUGGUUCGAGGGAAGCCAUAUUCCGAUGAUGGAUCUGCCCGCAAACCAGUAAUAGAUGAGAUGUGGCGGUUAUACAAAGUCAUCGCUAAGCGAUAUAGUGGCAUCGGGGGCGACCGUGUGCGCUUGAACUAUGAUCAGUUUGUUACUGCGUAUGGCUAUCCUGAAUUGGAUCUGUUCAACCAGUCAUCAGGACUUCCGCGCCUCACAAAUAUAUCACUGAACUUGCUGGAGCCGAUUAAGCAAGAUUUGUCUGACCUUGUGAUGAGUACAGAUCCCAGCCAAACAUCGUAUAAUUGGCAACAUGUCACGGACAUGAUUGUCACCCGGUACUCGGAUGACUUGAAAUAUUUCGUGUCAGGAAAACUAGAUACUGUGGAUGCUCUUCAACUUGAGAUUGAGCGAGUUUUGCUACCUUUUAUUGACUUUGACAACCGAGACUCCCGCGCGGAAAUCAAUCGCUGCACAGGGUAUUUUCAGACACCCAACCAGCCUAGCUCGACUAUUGCCAGCGCUGCAGUAAACGAUGUGUCAAGCACAAUCUGCAGCACCUUACGCUCUGCUCUAGAUAUUGUGAAGUACGAUGAUGUUGUCUUGUCUAUCCAAAACCUAAUUGAUUACCUGUCAUGGACAACCUGGAAUGAAUGUCCCCAAAAAUGUGACAAUGACGAAGCAUGUUUUAUUCCGAUAUGGCCUGCUGGUACAGUUGAGGAUCGAGAAAAUCCUCAAUGCAGAGAUGGCCCAUAUUAUAAUAAGAGCAGUCCUCCGUACUGGGAUAAGCGGCCUUUCCAGGGAGGCCAGAUAUAUGAUUAG